GCGUACUGAGUUCCCGCGUUUGUUGAAUGGUCCGUUAUUGCUGACAUUAUGUCAAGUUCUGAGGAUUCGCUUAGUAGUACUUUAGACAACGUAGAGAGUGGUGGUAAUGCCAUAUUUUCCAUUCAGCAGUUGUCAGAUGAACUUGAAUGUCAUGGGUUACGACCACUGCCUCAAAUAAAAAAGGAAGAAGGCUGUGUAAUGUUGGAAACACAAGCAUCUUCAUUGGUAUCUGCCCUAAUGGACACAGUCUGGGAUCUGUUACACCAUUACCGAUCUGCUGUUUGGAGGCAUGAUGAUGUGGAAGAUAAACUGCACAGAGCAACAGGCAAAAAUAAAAAUCUUCAGGCUCAAGUUAAUCAUUUGAAAGCAGAAUUAUUAAGCAAGGAACAACUGUUAUCUAGUGCCCGUGAGAAGGAGCGAAAGUUAACUUCUGAGUGUGAUAAACUUCAGUCUGAUCUUAGGAAUGAGAAAAAGGAAGUAAGUUCACGUUUGAAGAACUUGCAUAAAGAACUUAGGAUGAUGCAUCUCUAUGUAAUUCUACUAGUACAUCGUAUGACGACCCAAGCGACUCGGCGUGAUUGCCAAAAUUCCCAUGAACUGAGAAGGAAGGAAUAUGAGGUCCUACAACUACAGGAACAGUUGCGACAUAAUUUGCGCCUACCUCGUUCUAUGACUCGUCAAGUACCUAACAAAAAAGAGCAUGAAAGCAAUAGAAAAGCAGCACACGAAGUGUGUAGAAGCACCACAUCAGAUGUUUCUUCAAACUCAUCUAUGUUCAGAGAAGAAGAAGAUUUAUACAGGAAGGUGAUUAAUAAAUUUGAGAAUAACAGCCGCAGUUUGGUUCAGGAGAACAUCAAACUUCAAGAUUCGUACUGCAAACUUCAUACUAAUUUGGGAUUCCUGACACAGCAGUUUGCAGUUCUAGUAGAGAAAUACUUCAAAUGCAAUAAACAUUGGCGUGAAUUUGAAGAGAGUAUGAAUGAGCUGAAAAUUCUGCCAUCUAAUGUCUUCCACAUGCCAUAUGACGACACCAAAGUAUAUAACAAGGAACUGCAUUUAUUGUCAGACAGAUACCUUGCCACACUGCAAACAGCAUUAGAGAAACUGUCCAGCCAUUUGGAGUUGCAACAUUCCAGUUAACUAGGUUAUGUUUCUCAGUGAUCUGAUGUGUUGUAAGCAUCUAUUCAGCUGAAAUAAGCAGCUGUAUACUGCUAAAAGUUAUCAGAAUUUUAGAUACAACAGAAAUGGCUGUCUGCCUGUUGAGAAUUACCACAAGGCUUUACAUUGGUACUUCUAUUAAUUAUUUUUAUUAAUGACCUCUGAGCUAAAUUUACCUUCAUCUUCAUCUGUGGCUCUACAGCCCUUUGUUUGACCUUGGCCACUUUUUCAGUUUCUUAAUCUUUUACAGUUGGUAUGACUCAUUGGAUGGGGGACCACCCCGUUGCAGGUCCACUGCUGGCACACAGGACUGCACAAACACAGAGUAAACACAUACAGACAUCCAUAACUCAAGUGGGAUCUGAACCCACAAUCCCAGUGUUUGAGCAGGUGAAGAUAGUUCAUGCCUUAGACAUUGCAGCCUCUGUUAUCAGCUGAAAUUUACCUUUCCAACUUUUAUAUUUGCAGAUGAUCUUUAAAUGUAUACUGAAAUAAAGUCUGUUGAAGACUAAAUUAAAUCAGAUGUUGAAACUGGUACAAAAGUGUGUGGUUAAACUCUGUAUAUAUAAAACUGAAACCACUUUUUGCAUAUAAAUUCGUUUGAUUUACUCUCUAAGUGAUGUUUGCACUAAAAAUUCAGAUUGUGAAAGCCUGUAAUGUUAUCUUAGACAAUAAAUUGCAUUUGAUUCUUA